AUGCCUCCGAACUUGUUCACGCAUUCCCCGACGGGUGUUUCGAGACCUGCCACCGUCACAGGCGCAGCCUUCCCCGUCAUGAAGCUGCCAGUGGAGAUACGGCUGAUGAUAUGGGAAUACGCCCUGCCGGAUGCUCGUGUGUACGAAGCCAUGGACUCGCCGAAUGCAAGCCAGAAGACGCCUGCGGCGGCCGGGCUCAUGUUCGCCAAUGUUCGAGACGAACCACCACCUGCCUUAGGCGCCGUGUGUCAUGAGACGAGGGUAUUCGUGCUACAGCGCUACAGGCCUCUCACUUUGUCGGCCACUACCAAAUACGUCGAUCUGUCGCGCGACAUCCUGUUGCUGGAGCCGUACCUGCUGGUGAAGCGUCUGCUCCGGACACUGCAGUUCUUUAGUCAGAUUUCCCUCGUGCGCGACAACCUCAGCCGACUUGCGUUCGGGACGUCGUAUGGUUUAUACACCGGCAUCUGCCAUCCCGUCUUGAGCUGGAAAGUCUCCAAAUCCAACAUGACGACGCUGCUCGCUCGCCUGGCCAAGUUCCCAAGGUUGAGAAAGCUCCUCUUCGUCGUGCACCAAGAAUUCCAGUUCGACUUUGACGUCCGACCGCCCUGCGCCACACAUCAGAUGAGCCAUCCGGAGGAGUCACGGCCACAGCUGGUGCACCAGGGGUACCGCUUCAAGUUUGACAUUGAGUCGCAGCUCAACUAUACCCAGCCCCGCCACCCGCACUCCAACGAGUUCCUUUACUACCCGUUGGACAUCGACGAGGACAAUGACGAGUGCUUCGACAGAGACGAUUUGGAGGGCGAGGGCGACCCCUACGAGUCGUGGCCCACAAACGACGAUUGGAGACGCUUCAGGAGGAGGUUCCAAAGGUCUAUUCACCUGGUGGGGAAGGGGUCGCCGGGGAUUUCGCGGCCCAAUGCCAUGCCGACGUUGGAGGCGGCGAGUUUGCUCUGGAGGUACAGCAAGGCGCAGCGGUAUUGA